AUGACGAUAAAUUUACCUCCAUUAAAAUUUGGUCUAAAAAAUUCAAAACAACCGGUUACAACAAUAAAUAGUAAAUUAAAACAACAGCAGCAAGGUUUUCAGUGUCCAACAGUCAGACAAUCUAUUGCUGAUAAAAAGAAUAAAUUAUUAACAAGUCAAUUGUUAGUUGAUGACUAUCCAAAACUGCCGCUGAAAAUAAAUUCCCAGCAACCAGUUAUAUCAGUGACUAAAGAUAAGAAUUUAACCACACCAAUAUUAUAUUUGACAGCAUCGAGUAUGUUGUAUCAAUUACCAGAACAAACUGUGAAUGAGGUAAGUAUUAGCAGUAGUAGCAGUAGGAGGAAGAGUACAGAUACUACUACAAGUGCCGGCAUUCAAAUGAGUAGUAUAAGUGGGAUGAAAGAGCUUGGUAAUCAUUUCCCUAGUACUAGCAGUGUUAGUCAAAUAUCAAGUAGUGAUAGUAAAACAGAUGAUAGACUACAUCACCAACAACAGCAACAACAACAAGAACGGACAAAAAUGAGUAUAUUUCAUCCAUCAAAACGUAUAUUUUUCACACCAUUAUUGAUUACAAAUUUUCGCCCAUUGUUAGCACCAUUUGUUCCUGUAUUCAUUCAAAUAUUAGUCAAUCAAACUGAAGCGGAGUGUUAUCAAACAACAUGGAAUUUAAUAUUUGAUGAUUUAAGCGAAUCUUAUGCCGAGGCGAAAGUAGCUCUCAUAAAGAUCAUUUAUUAUUGGCAGAAUGAAAAUAAAUUGAAACAUAUCAUCGGGAAGUUAGGACUAGACGUGAAGAUUAUGACGUUAAGACUAUUUUUGAAUGAAUUAGAAAGGAAACUAUUGAAUUUUUCACGUUCUUCUACAAUGUGUAUGGUUCAGUCACCAUUGUUGGAUUUGUUUUUACGGCCAAAUAAACAAAUUCGUUGUAUUGUACAGCAUACCGCAUUAUCUCAGUCAUGUGUACAAAUGGAUACGCUUGCCUUUAUUAUGAUUCAUCUUUUACAUGCUUGGGAAUGUUCUAGUAAUCCUAUUGAAGGGAAAGUUAGUCUUGGACGAAUCUAUGGCAGGUUAUUGAUAUCAUUUUCAGAUAAACCAGAAUUACGUGGUUUAGAACACAAUAAUAGUGCUGGUGGUGCUAGUGAAGAUCCUAAGACAAUUGAAUCAAUUCUACUUGAGCUAAUCUUGGAGCUGUGUGAUUUUCAUUUCUGGCAACAGUUGACAAUGCUUAAAAUCCGUAGUGUAUUUGAAUAUAUUAGUGAUGUAGAGAAACGUUUCGCUAAAGAUUUUCGUAUACGUCAACAACAAAGUAUGACACAGUAUAUAAAAAAAGUCAGUCAUGAUUAUCUAUAUAACAGUGUCAAAGAUGUUCAUGUUGAUGACGAAGAUGACGACGAUGAGGAGGAGGAGGAGGAGGAUAAAGACGAUGGUGAUGAUGAUGAUGGUAGAGUUGUUGGUGGCAGUCGUCAUGACACCGUUGAUGCUGCUGUUGACAGUGACGAUGUGAAAAAGACUAAAUUAUCCAAGCAUAAAGUAUCAAAUAAAACGCGGGAAAAGUUGAAUGCAGCAGAGAAAGAUUUGAAAGGCUUAGAUCAAACUUGCAUUAUGGAUAUUUUUCCACCAAAGACUAAAAUGACAACUAAUGUUGAAGAAACUGAUUCAGUCCAGACGGAUCCUAAUUU